GCAACCGAAGGUUUUUUUUUAACCUUCGCUCGAGACGCCGCUAACGGUCGUUUGUGGACGUUUGUGGACCCACCAGAUCUACUACUGCACUCGGAUGCACCACCAUCGCCGCCCUGACCUGCUUGUUUAGGUAACCACAAUGAGUCAGAAGCUGAUGAUUAUUGACACUGACUGCGGCAUAGAUGAUGCCCAGGCUAUAAUGUUGGCCCUUUCCUCCUCCAAUGUGAAGAUUCUGGGCAUCACGUGCUGCUUUGGAAAUACAGAUGUGGACAAUGUGUGUCAGAAUGUGCUGCAUGUACUGUCUGUAUGUCAGCGUACUCAGAUUCCUGUCUUUCGAGGAGCAGCCAGCUGUUUGAUUGGCGAAGGAAAAGCAUUAAAAAAUCAUUUUGGGACAGAUGGUUUGGGAGACGUUCUGCCGGACAGAGACUCUGACAACUGGAAAACACAAAUAAAGAAAGAGCAUGCGGUUAAUGCAUUGAUCAGAUUGGUGAAAGAGCAUCCAGGGCAGGUGUCUCUUGUUGCUCUGGGUCCACUGACGAAUUUAGCUCUGGCUGUUAGAAUGGAUCCCAGUAUUCCCCAGAAGCUGAAGGAAUUGUAUAUCAUGGGAGGCAACAUGGAAGGUAAGGGAAAUAUGAUGCCAUGUGCAGAGUUUAAUUUCUGUAUGGAUCCUGAGUCUGCCCAUGUAGUCUUGGAGGAAUAUUUGUGUCCCACACACAUAGCCACCUGGGAGUUUACCUGCAGAAACAAGCUCUCUUGGGAGUUCUUUGACGAGAUGGUCGCCCAGGACACUGCAGCUGCUCGACUAAUGAAAAAGAUCACCUCGAAAUGUUGGGCUUUCUCCCGUGAGCCUAGUAAUAAUCCAAAAGAUGUCAUUUUUGGUUCAGGGUUUGUGCCCUAUGAUAGCCAUGCUGUGGCAGCAUGUGUGGAUGACAGCGUGAUCACAGAAAGUAUAGAGUGUGGAGUUCGUGUGGAGAUCCAGGGAGAGCUCGGCAGAGGAAUGAUGGCACUGGAUUUCACAGGCAAGCUGAAGAGUCAUCGUGUGUUUGUGAUGAAGACCUGCAACCUCACCAAGUUCAGCUCCAUGCUCAUGGAUUCCUUACAGCAACCAUGAAGAGUGCCUGCAGAGUCGGAACUGUAUAUAUUGUGUAAAAAAAAAAAAAAAAAAAAAAACAUAUGAAGAGGUCUUCUGAUUAGCCUCAUUUCAACUUCUGCACUUAAUUUGUAUGACAUCAGACAAAUCCAAUUAAUUUUGUGUAUUGUUCCUGAUUUUUAACACUUCUGUAAUGAAGAUCUUCCACUACAGAACAGAAUAUGUAAAUAGUAUAUAUUGCUUCAGACAGAUUUUUCCUUGCAAAUGAAGUCUGAUAGCAGGGAAAGUCUACAAAGCACCUAUGGAAAUGUUAAUGAUUUACAUCUCUGAUCAAGGAACCAGCUGUUCGAGAGAAAUGUAUUGCUGAUUUCCAUGGACAUCAACUGAUAUGAUUAAACUUAACAUUGUACUACUGUUA